AUGCCGUCUGAUCAGGAGAGCACUUCCAUGUCUCCCUACAGAGUCUUGAUCAUUGGCGGCUCGUACGCCGGUCUGGCUGCUGCUGCGAAUCUACUGGAUCUCAGCGAAGGUCGACCGCCAAGGUUCAACCCUACUCUUGAGCGAGAUGCAAAUCUGAGAUACAAGGUGCCAGUACAGAUCACCGUCGUUGAUGAACGAGACGGCUACUAUCAUUUGAUCGGCUCGCCGCUAGCUCUGGCGUCGGAGGACUACGCAGAGAAAGCAUGGGUCAAGUUCGAAGAUCUGGCUGCCUUCCAAGACUCAGCCGUCGAGUUCAAGCAGGGUUCCGUACAGGCCGUAGACUGCGAGAACUUGACCGCAACUAUCCAAGCACAUGGCUCUUCUGAGCAGUAUGAGCAGAAGUACGACUUCCUGGUCGCUGCAUCCGGGCUGAGGCGGCCAUGGCCCGUCGUGCCACAGUCCUUGACUCGAGCCGAGUACCUCAACGAGGCCCAAACCAACAUUGACGCGACCAAAGCGGCCAAGGACGGCGUCGUGAUCAUCGGAGGCGGCGCCGUAGGCGUCGAAAUGGCCGCCGAGCUGAAGAUGGUGCAGCCCGACACCAAAGUCACUCUGAUCCACUCCCGCGACAAGCUACUGUCCGCCGAGCCCCUGCCCGACGAAUUCAAAGACGCCAUCGCCCCCCUCGUCCGCAGCGCCGGCGUCGAGCUCAUCCUCAACGCGCGCGUGAACGCCGUCACUCCCUCCCCCACCGACCCAAACACCCGAACCCUCACCCUCUCCAACAACACCAUCCUCACCGCCAGCCACGUGAUAACCGCCAUCUCCAAAUCCACCCCGACCACCAACUACCUACCCGCCUCGGCCCUCGACACCGAAGGCCACGUCAAAAUCGCGCCCACCCUGCACUUCACCUCGGACCUCCCCGGCCCGCACGCCCGCGCCCACUUCGCCGUCGGCGACAUCGCCGCCUGGUCCGGCAUCAAGCGCUGCGGCGCCGCCAUGCACAUGGGCCACUACGCCGCGUACAACAUCCACCAGACGCUGCUGGCCCGGCUCCAUUCCGACAGGGAUUACACGCCCAAGUUCCUGAGUUUGGCCGAGCAUCCCCCCAUGAUCGGCCUGGCCGUGGGGCGCAAUGCCGUGACGUACGGCCCCGCGGACGGGGUCAAGAGCGGCGAGGAGGUCGAGAGGCUCAUGUUCGGUGGGGAUCUGGGGUGGACCAUCUGCUGGCGCUACUUGAGGUUAGGGGAGAGGAAGCCGGCGGCGGCGCCAGAGGUGGAGGAGGCGGAGAAGACGGAGGUGGUGGAUGCGAGGGAGGGGUUGAGGAAGUUGGAAUUCAAUGAGCCCGAGAGGCUGGAGGAGCUGCCUGCUGAGGGGAGGAGGGCGGUGGUGGUGGCUUCUGCCGCUUAA